UUCAUCGACCGUUGGUUGCGCUGGAUGCGGUGGAGACGGUCAUGAUGCCGAGAUUGGUCGCACCAAGAUCGACGAGUGGACCGACUUUAGCAAGCUGCUGAUGGAGGAACGUGUGGCCAAGAUGUGUAUCGUUUUGAUUGCCCUCAAGCCGGGCGUCGUUUUCACCGAGAAAGGCGUCUCCGAUCUGGCCCACCACUUCCUGUUGAAUGCCGGAAUCUAGGCGAUUCGCCAGCUUCAUAAAACCAAAGACACCGGGUAUUAGCACGCCAACCAUCGUUAACCAAACGGAGGAACUCACCAAGAAGGAAGGGAACGGUACCGGUCUGUUCGAGAUCAAAAAGGUGGACGACGAAUACUUCUGCUUCGCCACGGAACGUACUAACCCCAAAGCCUGGACCAUCUCUUCCAUGGUGCCUUCAAGGACAAGUCUGCCGAAACUGGCCAAUCGAGCAGCAAAAAAGCGAAUAGUGACCCAUCCCGGCGAGGCGAGGGAACCUGUAGACAGCUUUUGUGUGCGCAUCAACACCGCCCGGCUUCCUGGCAUCCCCCGGCUGGGAUCUCCCCUAGCAGUCCAGCAGGUAGCACGGCGGAACCCCCGGCAGCCAAAGGACGGAAAACAAGCCAACCAUCCUUGAUCCGGUCUCUAACAGUCAUGCCGUCACAGCCACAGUUUACGUCCUGUCCAAAAUCACUCAGAUUGGAACCGGCGGAAAAGAGGGCCAACCCCUCUGAGCAACCAGACACUCCGGAACAUCAAGCACGACUACCGAGAGGAACCAGCUAGCCUCCAGAGUUUGCAAAGAACCAUGGCACAAAGUCACUGCAGUUUAAGGUCCACCAAAUCAAUGUAAAUUGGAGAAAAACGAAAAAAA